UAAGGAAACGAAAAAACCGGCAGACAUGACGGCUAUUGUGUCCUAAAUUUCUCGGCACAUGGGUUUACUACACACUUGACAUUUGUACAAAUGGGAGUGUAUCGUGCACUCACUCACACAGUAAAGACCCCUCUAUACUCGAACAGUGUGCACCGAAACACCGACUAGAGCCUCUGAGGCGAAGCUCACUCACACCAGCGCGCUACACCCCGUCCGUACUAACACAGCGGCACUCUCAGUCCAACACAACCUCCUCUACUGCACUCACGCGCAGAAAAAAAGAUAACGCGAUCUAUCGAUCUUUUUUUCAAACCAAAAAAACUCCGUCUGAUAGGCUUCAUGGCUAAUAGUCGAAUAAGACAGACGUCUACAAACGAACGCGUCCGCUGGCUCGAAUACCUACUAUUUAUUUCAAUCACAAUAUUUAUGACAGCGUAAUUAAUUAAACAUGUCGUUUUAAUUAUGUAAAUACAAAUGGACGAUAAUCAAUUUGAAUUAUGUGUUUCGAUCUCGUUCGGUUAAUUUAAUGUAAACAGAUAUUUAUCAAUUAGUGACGUUUUUACGGUGCUAAUGUUUUCAUGGUACGGAGCUUUGUUAUUUUUUGUUGAAAGCUAAUUGUGGUGCGGUUUGAUGUCGAUCUGAACGAUGACCCGCGAGUGCCGGCUCCGUGCGGUUAGUGCCUGAACUAGAACACGGUUAGUGCCUGACUCGUCGCCUAUGGAACUGAUCUGACUCUGACAUACCAUUAUGGAACGCCACCAAAAUGGUAUGGAUGUGUGGGUAGGGCAAGGGCGCGUCAAUCAGCUCGGAGGCCUGUUCAUCAACGGCCGGCCGUUACCCAACCACAUCCGGCUGAAGAUCGUGGAGAUGGCCGCGGCGGGCGUGAGGCCCUGCGUCAUCUCGCGCCAGCUGCGCGUCUCGCACGGAUGCGUCUCCAAAAUCCUCAACAGGUAUCAGGAGACCGGGUCCAUAAGGCCUGGCGUGAUUGGGGGCUCGAAACCGCGGGUCGCCACUCCUGAGGUAGAGGCGAGGAUCGAGGAGCUCAAGCGGCAGAAUCCGGGAAUAUUCUCCUGGGAGAUUCGGGAGAAAUUGAUAAAGGAAGGUGUGUCGGACCCGCCCAGCAUCUCGUCCAUCUCGCGGCUGCUGCGCGGAGGCGCGCGCGACCCUGACGGCAAGAAGGACUACAGCAUUGAUGGCAUCCUUGGAGCAGGUCGCGGCUCCGACUCAUCGGACAUUGAAUCCGAGCCAGGACUGACGCUGAAGCGGAAGCAACGGCGCUCUCGAACGACGUUCACGGGCGAACAGCUGGACGCCUUAGAGCGAGCCUUCCACCGCACGCAGUACCCGGACGUCUACACACGGGAGGAGCUAGCUCAGCAGACAGGGCUCACUGAGGCUAGAAUACAGGUAUGGUUCUCAAACCGACGAGCCCGACUGCGGAAGCACACCGGCUCCAACACUGCUCCAAGUUUAAGCGGGUACUCGACACUACCCAUGCCGCAGAUCCCCUGCCCAUACCCUGCCGGCGACAUACCCAGUCUCUCGCAGCACCACCCUCAACAUCCCGACGCCUGGCAUCACCAAAAAUACGCCAACUACAACCAACUAAUGGCGCAAUCUCAACAUUUGAACCAAGCAUUCCAAAGUGCCGCAUUUCCUAGCACUUCUGGGGCCACGUUUGGCCACUUAGUGGGCGGCACUAAUGGAUCACCGCACAGUCAAAUACUAGAUCCAGGAGUACCAAGAAAUGACUACGCGAGAUACGACGUGUAUAAUAAGCCUGUUAAUUAUUUGCCCAAAGACGAUGAUGACAAAGUAGCUAGUGAUGAAAUAAUCGAGCCUAGAGAAGAUGGGUUCGUCAAACCGACUGAGGAGUAUAGUAAAGCGUUGCCGCCGAGCGACUAUAAAGUACCUGCUGAUUACUCGAAGGUGCCCGACGGCCCCGCGCCGGCUUCUAAUUGGAGUCCGUCACACAACUCCUUGAACAUGAGCCUGGCGGGGCUGUCUGGCGAGUACAAAUACAUGAACGAGCCGUACGCCUUCCCGAACAUCCCGGAUCCUCUCACCCAGCACAACUACUCCAAUCCUACCAAUGCAGCAAACAAGUAUUGGAUUUGACAAAGUAUUUUAAGCAUUUAUAAAGCUAGCUUGAUAAUUUUAUUUAAUUUAUGUGUAAAUUUUAAAUUUAAGUAUAAAUCAAUUGUGAGAAUUUACCUCUAUUGUGCAUUCCUAUUUUAGUAAAUUAUCCUAAUACCAAACAAUUGUAAAUAGUUAAAUAAUGAAGUCAAUAGUAAAAAGAUA